AUAGGCUCCGCCCACUGUGGCCACGCCCCCGCGCGCCCCCGGUAGGCCCCGCAGGCGCGGCGCGGCGCGGCCCGGCCCGGCCCGGCCAUGCUGGCCAAGAGGAAGCCGGUGCUGCCCGCCCUCAACAUCGCCCCCAGCGCCGCCGAGGGGCCGAGUCCCGACGGCUCCGCAGAGGCAAACCUGGUGGACCUUCAGAAGAAGCUCGAGGAAUUGGAGCUGGACGAGCAGCAGAAGAAGCGCCUGGAAGCUUUCCUCACGCAGAAAGCCAAAGUGGGCGAGCUGAAGGACGAUGACUUUGAGAGGAUCUCUGAACUGGGGGCUGGCAAUGGCGGUGUGGUCACCAAAGUGCAGCACAAACCCUCAGGGCUCAUUAUGGCACGGAAGCUGAUUCAUUUAGAAAUCAAACCAGCCAUCAGGAACCAGAUCAUCCGAGAGCUGCAGGUGCUGCAUGAGUGCAAUUCCCCCUACAUCGUGGGUUUCUAUGGAGCCUUCUACAGCGACGGAGAGAUCUCCAUCUGCAUGGAGCACAUGGAUGGUGGCUCUUUGGAUCAAGUGUUGAAAGAAGCCAAAAGAAUUCCCGAGGAGAUCUUGGGGAAAGUCAGUAUAGCGGUUCUAAGAGGCUUGGCGUAUCUGAGAGAGAAGCACCAAAUCAUGCACAGAGAUGUGAAGCCUUCCAACAUCCUGGUUAACUCUCGAGGAGAGAUCAAGCUGUGUGAUUUCGGGGUCAGCGGUCAGCUCAUUGACUCCAUGGCAAACUCUUUUGUGGGAACUCGGUCCUACAUGUCUCCCGAGCGGUUGCAGGGCACCCACUACUCGGUCCAGUCCGACAUCUGGAGCAUGGGGCUGUCGUUAGUGGAGCUGUCUAUCGGAAGGUACCCAAUCCCCCCGCCAGACUCCAAGGAACUGGAAGCAAUAUUUGGCCGUCCCGUGGUGGACGGGGCAGAGGGAGACUCUCACAGCAUCUCGCCGCGGGCCAGGCCCCCAGGACGCCCCGUCAGUGGCCAUGGGAUGGACAACCGGCCUGCCAUGGCCAUCUUUGAACUGCUGGAUUAUAUAGUUAAUGAGCCGCCUCCCAAGCUGCCCAAUGGAGUUUUCACACAAGACUUCCAGGAGUUUGUAAAUAAAUGCUUAAUUAAAAACCCAGCAGAGCGGGCAGAUCUGAAGAUGCUGAUGAGUCACACCUUCAUCAAGCGCUCCGAGGUGGAGGAGGUGGAUUUCGCAGGCUGGCUGUGCCGAACGCUGCGGCUGAACCAGCCCAGCACUCCCACCCGUGCUGCCGUGUGAGGGGCAGCACAUCAGCCUCC